AUGACGAUGGAUGGGACGAGCAUGCACGGGACAUCCAGCGCGGCAGAUGAGGGCGCGGACGACAAAAUGAAGGUGGUGGUGCGGCUCCGGCCGCUCCCAGAGGGCGGCAGCGCGGCGGUAGUGGCGGCGGACGAGGGCACGGUGGAGUUUGCGGGGGCAGCGGACGAGGCGCGGGCGUUCCGGUUCGACUACGUGUUUGGCACGGAUGCGCGGCAGGAGGAGGUGUUCGACUACGUCGCGGAGGAGAUGCUAGACCAGUUCUUCACGGGGUACAAUAGCACGAUCUUGGCGUACGGGCAGACGGGGUCGGGCAAGUCGUACACGAUGUUCGGGCCACCGGGGCACCGCGGCUUGAUUCCGCGGAUCUGCCAGCAGAUCUUCGAGCGCAUCGGGCUGCUCAAAAACUGCGCGGACAUCGAGUACGUGGUUUCUGUGUCCUUCUUGGAGAUAUACUUGGAGAAGGUGUACGACUUGCUAGGCGAGUCCAUUAACAAGGCGUCUUCGCCGAAGAAAAAUAGCGACAAGCGGGCCAGCUUGACGGUGCACGAGUCCAAUACGUUCGGGGUGUAUGUCGAGGGCGCGACGAUAGUAUCUGUGAGCGACGGCGACGAGUUGCUCAACUGUAUACACUUGGGCGAGGCGCAGAGGUACAAGGGGUCCACGGACAUGAACCUUGAGAGCUCGCGCUCGCACGCGAUUGUGAAGAUCAACCUACUGAAAAGAGACAACCUAGAGGGCAACAUCCAGAAAUCGGAUCUUUUCCUCGUUGACUUGGCUGGUUCCGAGAAAGUUGCGAAGACAAACGCGGUAGGCGCCACUCUAGAAGAGGCGAAGAAGAUCAAUCUGUCGCUUAGCUCGCUUGGCAACGUCAUCAACGCGCUCACGCAGAAGGAAAAACGUACACACAUUCCAUACCGCGAUUCGCAACUCACGCGAUUACUUCGGGACUCGUUAGGCGGGAAUAGCAAAACCACGCUUAUCCUAAACUGCGCAUGUGACAAGUCCAACGAGUCAGAGACAUUGACAACACUUAGGUUUGGUUCCCGCGCAAAGCAUAUAAAAAACAAGGCAAUUGUGAACAAGAGCGAUCUCUUCUUGAAGAAGAAACUAGAGCGAAAGAUAGCACAACUCGAGAAGAAAGAGCAGGACUACAAAACACGCAUCGAGCUGCUAGAACAUGAGGUCAAGGAGCUCCAAGCAACUGCUUCGCAUAGACCUCUGCCCGAAGAGGUCGACCUACUCGCAGAAAACACGAAACUAAGAGCCCAGGUUGACUCUCUAAAAGUAUUACUCAAUCCACGAACCGACAGUCUGGACACGGAACAGCACAUCUCAGUAGAUGACCUCCUCACAAAACUAAUGGAGAAAUGCGAGUUGGUAGUAGAACUACAGUCCAGGUUGGACGAUCAGGCCGAUAAGGAGAAGGCAUUAAAGAAACUGAUGACAGACCUGAAACACACAGAGGCACAGCUGGUGGAGAAAAACCACCAACUUGCAGAGCAGCUCGCUAUUGCCCAACUUGAUAACCUAAACCUCACAAACGAGAACAUGACACUCUCAAAGGACAUUGCCACUAUCCAUAGAAUAUCAAAGACCAGGGCAGAGCGCAUCCAGGUCUUGGAGUCCACCGUCAGAGAAUUGUCGGACAUGCGUCUUGGGAACGAUUUGUCACUUCCGUCAGCAUUUGAAGCCAUAAAGGAGGUCAAUGAACCUUCUUCAGCCCUCUCUCCAACGUCUUUGGGCUGGUGGGGCGUGUUUGGCCCAUCGCGAAGAUCCUCUACAGGCAGCGUCCACUCAGGAGGAUUGGCAAAGAUACCAAGCAACGAGACGAGGCGAUCCAGGAAAACGGGUUUCAAUCUACAUGUAGUAAAAGCGUCAGUUCCUCACGAAGCCGAGUCACUUGACUGA